CCCGGAAGUCUCGCGAUGUUGCGUCUCUGGGUUUAGAAAGCCUGAUAUAAGUAGAUAACACUAAAAGCAAAUAUUUACAUCUGUGAGUUCACUCAAAUAUUUUUGACGAAUUGUAACAGUCAGCCAUAACGUUAGCUGGUUUAGGUAAGGCAUGUUUUUUUGACAAAUCAUACACGUUGGGUGGCGUUUUAUAAAAUGGAAGAGCCGUGGGAUUUCGAGGUUUUAUCCCGUAUUGUGGACGGGUUUGUUUCGUUUCUUUCCGAGUUUGUGGAUGACUGGUUGGCUAAUGAUAUGAGAGUGUCAAUAUUCAAGAUCCUGUUUAGCUGGCUUGUUGUCAGUCUCAUUGCCAUCCACUUCGCUUGGAGAGUUUACGGAAACACUGUGAACGAUAUGUAUUACCGACAAGGUACUAGUGGACAGAAUGGAGGCACACCUGACACUGCACCUCACCGCAGUGGAUGGGAGAGUGCUGCAGGGGACACCAUCAAGACACACCGUGAGUGACAGACGGGACAUAACAAGUUGGACUACAUUCUACUUGUUCUCUGUCGAAUCAGACUCAGUGCUGCUGAGUGGACACAGACUUGAUAUGUUGUGCCUUUUCAAAUGGGCUGGAGUUCAUUGAUGAGGUGGGCCUGCAGACGCUUCCUUACUCUACGCUGGAAAAGUAUUUUUCCCGGACGGUUGUCAUGAAGGGGUAACUAAUCAGGCUCAGUUUACAUCCAGACAGCCACACCAUGCGAUAAGCUAAGAUAUUCUCUCAUAUGUCAUAUCUUUUUAAAUAUCAUAUUUUAAAAUGAAGCUUAUGUAAAAAAAAAAUACCACCUUUUGAUUGGUGAGCCAUUAAAAUAUCUAUCCAAGUCUAUGUCCUCUGAUUGGUUGAAGAUUGAACUGAAAUGUUAUUCUAAUCUACCGGUAGACAGAAUCUGAAAAGACUCGACAACUGCUGUGAGUUGUGACUGCUGUUAUGUCCAUAACAUAUUAAUGUAUGAAUAAGGAGUUGUUUUUAUUUCCACUGGAGCAAGGCUACAUAGUAAUCCAUGAAGAGUGCGCUGGAGAAAGUGGUCAGAGAUAGAAGCCUUACAUUAAAUGGCAGCUCCCCUCAAACUCUUGAUUUCUUUUUCUAGACAGACUCACCUUAUUAUAGUCGUUGUACACCCCUCUAUGGCUGGAACCUCCAUACUGAGAAGGAGCAAAUGCAUGAGGCCUCUUGACUGUCUUCUGAUUUAAAGUCACAUUUAGUUUUUUUUAAAUUCUCUAAUACGAUGUCCAGCACACAACCCACGAUUGCUCUGUACAAGAACACUCUCCACAAAUAUCCACAAAUAACCAAAAAGUAAGCAAUUUAGGCUAUUCAUUAGACAUAACUGACUGCGACUUUUUAAAAUUAAACGUGGACUUCCAGAAGGGCUUGCUGGAAAGGGGUAUAAUUGGCAAGGUCAACUUCGAAAAGCUGAGCUCUGAAUAUAUUUAAGUCUACUCAGUAUGGAUUCAUACUGAAAUGUGUGCUUAGCUGCUUUUGGGCCCUCGUCUUCAUCAACGACCAGACACGACUAUGGGGAUUGGUGGGAUCAGCAGGAUGUACACAUCCAUCACAUUGGUACCCAUUAACCCUGGUAGGAGCAGUCACUUCCCACCAGACAGGUGUGAAAAGGUGAAGGAAUCAUUGUUAAUGAGGAUGCCUCAGUGUCCAGCCCCUGUGCUCGUGCUUCUUCUCCAAGCCCUGCGUCUAUGACCGCCCCUGCUGCCUCAGUUGGCCGUCUUGACCAUCUGUCCCACCACGCAGGAACGGGGGACCCUUCGGAGGGAGUGCCUCCCAGCACCAGCCCCACUCGCAGAGCUAGCUCUUGGUUCUGCCCACCACACCCCUUGCCUGUCAACUGCGCAGUGGGCUCUCCCCCAGCCAGCAGACGGUGGCUCCCCAGCCCUCCCCACGCCAAGCACCUGCAUGGCAUAAAUCCCAACUCACCACGCCCGUCUUGGGCCCCAGCUUCAGAAUCUCAGCAGGCAACUAAGGAGGGGGCUCGUCACGGGAGCUGGCAAAGUGAGCCAGUAGACCAUAAAGGCGAGACAGACUGUACGUCCCCACACACCACUGGCGACAGCACAACUGGACGGAAUCCGAGCUCCCCUGCACGUCGCCCUGCGCAUUCCUGAGCAAUACUGUUGGAGCCAAUCACAGCAUUGAGAACAUAUGCCACCCUGUCUGACUGCUCUCCAGCCUCCUCCCACCGGGGAGCUGAGCGUCCAGGGACCUGCUUGACUGAGGUGGGGAGAGAGGCUGCGGUUAGCCCAUAGCGGUCCAGCACCGACCAAAUCUCCUGAGGCCACGCCUCAGUCUACAAUAUGGGGCCGCUGGGCUUUUAAGUCCAGGGGAUCUCAGAUAACAUCAGACAGAACCAGGGCCACCACCUGUUUCGAAAAUGUUAACAGGGAUAAUUUAUUUGACCACAAUAUAAAAGUUAAUGUGCAAGUCCGCCUCCCUUCAAUAACGAGGGCAUGGCGUACAGAGUUAAGCUCCUGAAUGGUAGCCCCAACACCAAGACAGUCUGUCUGAGUGUAACAUUCUGUUUUUCUUGAAGAGAGAUGAGUGGGACUGGGGAAGGCAAGAGUGCAGACCCUCCUACACGUGUGUUAAAUGUCCAAUGCAGCAGAAUGUAUCUAUCAAAUCAUUUCUGGGUAACAA